AUGCAAAGCAGGAAGAUCAAUGGAUAUCCACAACAGCAAUACUAUGAUGAUGAUUGCUCGUGGAUGGAAACUAAGGCUCAACAGCUACAGAGCCAUGGAUAUCCACAGACACAGCAAUAUCCAGGCAUGAAACCAGGUUAUGGCAAUGAAUCUGAUUACUCCAUGCCAAACCAUCACGGCCACGACUCUAACCACAAUAUGUAUCGUCAGGACAGCAUGCCUCAUGGCCAUGGCAAUGGUCAUGGUCAUGGAUACGAACAUAAGUAUGAAGUUUACAAGGAGGAGCGUAUAGUCGGUUCCGGCGUGACGAAGAGGGAUGAAGUUAGAUAUGAGAGGCGUGGAACAUAUGGAGGAGAUGUUCAUCAGGCCAAUCCAUAUGGAUACAGUAACAACCCUCAUGGUCAUGGAACAAAGAAAGGCAAUUGGACACUAAAAGGAUUCUAA